AUGUUUUCUGUUUCCGUGUCUUCAAGUUGGAGUCUUCUGAUCUUAUUGUUGUUUGUGAACAGCCAGCAAACCUUCGCUAAACCAGCAAAGAGACUUGCAGGUGCGACCACGGUUCCUAAAAAAAUCCAGCAAUGCAAUAAUGUGUAUUUCUACGAGGCGCCCAACGAGAAAAUUGCUACAAUUCUGAAAGAAAUAAAGGAACAACUGGGUCAAAUACAAACUGACAUCAAUGAAAAGAUAGGAAACAAGACAAAUGAGAAAGGUAUGAACUCCUUACGGUCUUUGUGUGUGUCUAGACCCACUUAUCAAAUGCAAUUCAGUCAUCGGAAUAUAUUUCGUGUUAUCACAAUUAUCAUACGAGCUUUUUAAUUCUCCGAUAAACUGGGAAUCGCACAACAACUCAUUUAUUAAUCUCUUUAAACCAGAUAUCAUAAGAGCAACCUCAACGUGAGGGUUUUGAGCCGUUAAAAGAAAGGCUACAGCUAAGUUGACCAGAAAUACUUUCUCCAUAUAGCCGUGAAGCUGAAGGAAGGAAUUUCUUGAUCACGUUCUGUAAUGUACCAGGAAACUGUAUAUCGAAACACAGAGAACUCAACAAUAUUUAACUUCAAGUCUUUAAGCACAUGGCAAGAAGCAUUUACUGCGCAUGCACGAAACGCAUAAGGAUUCAUGGGAUAUGACACGUUCCUUACUACAGGGCAAACAAACUCUUCCAAGUUCUUCCCAUAUAGGAUGACAACCUGGGUCCUGGGUAGACAAAAAGUAGAGACUAACUACAUCUCCCGUUUCUAUCACACGACUGUAAAUGUCGAUCGGUGAAUAACCGAACCAAGAUGGGUUAAUCUGGAUAAGGCAAAUCGUAAGUCGAAGCCUCGAUAACUUAGUUCUGCCAAAAUCAUGUCAAUUGUGCCCACAUAACAUCAUUUAUUAACCGUUUUCAUAAUGCGGUCAAGGACGAUAUAGAAUAACCUUCUAAAUGUCUACAAUUAUUAGUAACAAGGGACUCCCAUACCCCCAAAGGAUACCAAUCUGGGUGUGGCUUAAGCUGACCUCUAAAGGUGAAAACACUGUUUGAAUUCAGAGGUCCGCGCAACACGUAAAUAUAACUGACUGGUAUUUCUAAUCAAAGAGAUGCUGUAGCCAGAAGGCGUUACUUAAAGUGUAAAAUAAAACAAAACUGAAUACAGGGCUGGCACUACGGCAAAGGGCUGAUUUAUUAUAGCGCAAUAUUUCGGCUAACAAAAUUAGCCUUCCUCUGGGCCAGACCUAUACCUUUGCCGUAGUGCCAGCCUUGCGUUCAGUUUUUUUUUCCUUUAAAGGUGGCUAUACUCAAAAACAUUAUGACGAUAUUUCUUUUUCAUUUAGUUAUUUCUUAUUUCUUUGCGAACAACCCUAAGCGAUACCCAAAAACUGAAAUAAUGCUUUCCCUAUGGUAGGUGAGGAACAUCCUUGUCAGUACAAACUGACAUCAACUGUCCUGAAAGGAAACAAGACUAAUGAGAAAGGUAUCAAUUCCUUCCUGUGUAUGUGUGUCUAGACCCACUUAUCAAGUGCCGUUCAGUCGUUGAUGAUCGUAAGAGCUUUUUUUAUGAAAAUACUCCCGGGAAUCGCAUGAUUACCACUUUACAACAGGCCCCAGUUGUUCAAAAGGUGGAUAGCGCUAUCCAGUGGAUAACACAAAUGAAUUCCCUAAUACUUAUCUGCUGAAAAGUUAGGGAUUUAUCUGGUGGAUAGCGCUAUCCAACAUUUGAACAACCGGGACCAGAUGUCCUAACUCAAACCCCUACGUGAGGUUUUUGAGUUGUUUAUAGAAAGGCUACAGCUUUGAAUCGAAGCACUUCCUCCUGUGGUGUGGCUGAAGGAAGGAAUUCUUGAUCACGUUCUUACCUAGGGCUAACAAACUCGUUGAAGUAAUUCCCAUAUAAAAAGACAGCCUUGGUCCACUUUCUUUAAAACUUAGUAAAAGGUAGAAAAAACAGUGGCUAUUAGCAUCUCCUGUUUUUAAGUGAAUGUCGGUCCUUGAAAAACCCAACCAAGAUUAGGAUAAUCCGGAUAAAGCAAACGUAAGUCGCUGCUUCGAUAACUUAGUACAUUAAAGUAGUUUUCUCAUAAAAAAAUAUCAGUUGUGCCCACAUAAUCUCAUUAAGUAUUCGUUUGCAUGAUGCAGUUACAGACGAUGUAGUAUAAUCUACUAAAUGUCUACAAUUACUAGUAACAGGGAUCCUGCCCCCAGGAGGGGAUUCCCCGGAUUCCCAUACCCCCAGAGGAGAGCAAUCUAAGCGUGUCUAAGGCUUUCUUGGACCCCUAAAGGAGACCAUACUCCAACACAGUACAGCGUCAUUUGUUUUCUAUUAAGACAUUUCUUUGCCAUUAACCCUAAACGAUACCUCCUUCGGCAAAAAUAUAAGUGAGACCAAAAUCUGUAUUUUUCCUUUGCUAGACGACCACCUUCCUCAACAUUUUGGAUCAUUAUUCGUUUCUGGGAAACUGCCCGUCUACCCCUUCCCUAAGCCAACAUUUUGUCCUUAGUGAGAAGUAAGCGUUUUAACACUCAAAAUUUAUCAUAAUCCCAAGGGCGUCCUCCCAGGCGCUAAAGUCCGUACUGCUACUCAAAACGAACUAUUAUUUCACUGUGGAUAAUUAUUAUCAACCCAAAUAAGUUCAGUAAAUUAAUAUCAUCAUUAGAAUUAUAGUAUCAUUAUAAGCCAGAAAAAUACUCGCAUGCCCAUUUAUAACAGCAAUUUUUAGGGAGCUAGUCGUAAGCCUGCAGGGGGCGACAGGAAGAGGAAAUAGGCGUCCUAGCCUCCCAGUGGCUUCAAGCGGCUUCUGCGCAAGCCUAAGAUUGAAAAUAAUUUGAAGGAAAUCUUUUCUGAACAGCUAAAAAGAACUGCGCUGAGCUUUACAAAGCUGGCGAAAGAAUCAGCGGUGUUUAUACAAUCGACCCUGAUGGUCAAGGUACCUUUGAUGUGUUCUGUGACCAAACAACAACCGGAGGGGGGUGGACAGUGUUCCAAAAGAGACUGGACGGCUCGGUUGAUUUCUACCGCGGCUGGGCUGACUACAAGCGGGGGUUUGGUAACCUGAAUGGCGAGUUUUGGCUUGGAUUGGACAAGAUUAACCGGCUGACCAAAUCAAAUAACAGGCUUCGAGUUGAUCUGGAGGACACUACAGGCAAAACGGCUUACGCUGAAUAUGGCAUGUUUGCUGUUACAAGCGAGAAAACUAAGUACCAGCUUAGUCUAGGAAGUUACUCAGGUAAACUACGGACAUAGAGUGUGAAAAAUUGCAUUUAAUGUUGUAUUUUUAUUCACGUCCUCUCACUUCCCUUGCCUUCUUUAUUGUCCUUAGUUAUAUUAAUAACCUUGGAAACUUAAUAACUUUAUGGAGAUUCAAAAGGAACUUCUCAACUAUUCCCAAAUCAGCCCCUCUCAUUCACUUAAAAACUUUAUAUUACAUUCAGGUAUUCUUGAAUAUACUUUUCCUAGGAACUGCAGGUGACUCUUUAUCUUACCAUCGUAGCCAGCCAUUUGCCACUAAAGAUAAUGGUAGCGAAUCAGCCCGUAACUGUGCCUUGUCCUUCAAAGGAGCUUGGUGGUACCAUGGAUGUCACUACUCCAAUCUGAAUGGUUUUUAUCACCAUGGUUCACAUUCAUCGUAUGCUGAUGGUGUCAACUGGCGUGCAUGGAAAGGAUAUUACUACUCUGUCAAGAGAGCUGAGAUGAAGAUCAGACCGGUGAACUUUUAGGACUAUCUUAGAGUGCCAUGAAGAUCACCACCCCUAACAAGCUGAGCAUAGACUUUGAAUAUGAUAGACAGUUCGACCAUGGUAUACCAACGUUGUAGAACUAUUGCUGGAGUCAACUGCUGUUAGCCGGAUAAUAAGUGUUUCUAGGCGUUUCCGUUUUUCUAAUUGUAUGAUUUAAAGAUAUUCGUAUUUCGACAAGUUAUCAUGCCAGCUUUCACUUAACUUUCCUUCGGUAGGGUAUAUUGAUAGAUGAAUAAAGUCACAUGACAAGUUAAUCAUGUAUAUGGAAUAGAUUUUUAAAGCAUCUAAAUAACCUAGGCAUGAAAGUUGUCUCCAGUGGAAAGCCUCACCACUGGUUGCCGGCAGGAGCCCAUAAACUCCUGCUACCGGUCAGUUUCAAACGGUCAGUCUGAAACGUAAGGUGUUAUGCUUUGAAAAACUGACCCCUAGCGUCGAAGGUGGGAGGGAGUGGUUACUCUAGAACUGCCCUAGCAUAACCUUUGCUCUAUUCACACAAUUUUCGUUGAUUCUCCCUUACAUGGGGUAUCACUUUUCGUUGGGGUAAUAGAAGUCAUAGAAACAUAGAAGACUACAACUGUAAAUAAAAAAAAUGACAAUACGUUAAGUUACUGACCGUUUUCCAAAUCUUCAAAGUCUACACGAUUUUUACCGAAACUUUUUCCCACUAAUUGGAAAAACUUUGCCAUGUUUAAAGAAAGGUGAAGUUUGGCGAAAAGUUUUUGGAAACAAAAUUAUUGCCACGCUUGUCACACAAAGUUUGCCGUCUUCUUUCCUCUCCAGUCCUGCUGUGUAAGUUCACUAAUCACUCAUAUGAUUAAAGACCGAAUUGGACUCCACUUAGUCGCAUUACCAUGAUGAAUUUCCCUUGAAUAGGACUAAGGUUUAAGUUCCACAGCUAAGCAAAAAUUAAGGGAGGUCCCACCCCAUGCCCCGCCAAACUGGGUUCAUUUUCAGAUCUGUAAAUAAUCGAAUACAUUCUAGGAAGGAAUACUUCGCGUCGAUGAUCUAAAGGAUAGAAAAAUAAGUUGCUGUGUAUGCAUUCAUGAUAAAGUGCGUUCUUUUGAAUGCGGAAACCUAAAUUACUAGAUAGCGAUACCCGCAAAAGUUUUCGCUCUGCUUGGUAACCUUUGUCCGGAUUUCUUGCGUUGCCGUCCACUUACUGACCAAAAAGCCCUUUGUGACAUUCAUGGAAAGUGGUUGUUUCUGCGUUAAUCCAUAAGCAUGCAUGCAGACGUUUCCUAUUUUUUGUUUCACACGUCUUUUGCUCUUGAAACAAAAGAGUAGUCCACUGUAUAACAGCUACUGUCAACUGAAAUCCAACAAGAAGUAAAAGACAUUUCACGAAUAAAAAUAGCUUCAAAUGGUAAGUACAUAAACUACAGGUGUAAAGGAGAGGUGCGAUUUCAUGACUGAGAACACGUUUAGUAAUCCGUGUUUAGUAUAUGUGAGGGAAUUUAUUAUCCUUGUUUACUCUGUAACACAAGGUAUGCUCAGAUAUCAGAUUCCAAAGUCCAGAAAUUUUCAAUUGUCUAUUAGGACUUUACAUUGCCAUUCAAAGUUGGAAAUAUAGUGAAAAGGCACGAUGUUUUGUGCUUUUGUGUCUUCAAAUUGGAGUCUUCUGAUCUUACUGUUGUUUGUGAACAGCCAGCAAACUUUCGCUAAACCAGCAAAGAGACUUGCAGAUGCUGCCUCGGUGCCUAAUCAAACCCAACAUUGCAAUAAUGUGUAUUUCUACGAGGCGCCCAACGAGAAGAUCGCUACAAUGCUGAAAGAAAUAAAGGAACAACUUACUCAAGUACAGACUGACAUCAAUAUUCUAAAAGGAAACAAGACUAAUGAGAAAGGUAUAUAUUCCUAGCGGUCAGGUGCCUAGACCAACUAAUUAAGUGCAAUUCAGUCCUUGGGAUUUAGUUAUCAUGAUGAUCGUAAGAGUUUUUAAUAAUUCGAUAAACAGGGAAUCGCAUGAUUACCACUUAUUUAUCUUUAAAACAGAUUUUCAUACCUCGAACUUGUACGUUAGGUUUUUGAGGCCCGUUUCAAACGUCGUGCUACUGCCGUGCCGAACUCAAUUGAUCGAAUUAAACUUGACUUUAGCUUGGCAGUAGCUAGCCUCCCACGCAGGCGUUUUUAGGGGAGCUCGUAUUUCUUCCCUCCCCAGAAAGAAAUACGAGCUCCCCUAAAAACGCCUGCGUGGGAGGCUAAGCAGUAGCGCGACGUUUGAAACCAAGCCGUGCUACUGCCGUGCAUGCCGAACUCAGUUCAUACUGUAUAAAUACAUUAGAAUACAUUUAAAAGUUUGCUAAACCGUUUCUUUAUUUUUGUGUUUUGCUUUCAGCAACAGCCGUUCUAUUCGACUGAAUUAAAUUCCGCGUUUGAAACCAAGUCGUGCUAGUGUCGUGCUGCAGUCGAGCUACAGACGAGCCAGCUUAGCGCAGCAGUAGCACGACGUUUGAAACAGGGCUGAGCUGUUGAUAGAAAGGCUACCGCUUUGAUUCGAAGCACUUUCUCCUGUAGCCUGUGUACAGACGUCCCCCCUCCCUCAGAAAAAAUCUGAGGGAGCUAGGGGGGACGUCUGUACACAGGCUAUUCCUCCUGGUGUGACUGAAGGAAGGAAUUCUUAACUGGCACGUUCCUAACUAGGGCUAACAAACCCUUUCAAGUAGUCCCAUAUAAAAAGAGAGCCUUGGUCCACUUUCUUUAAAACUAAGUACAAAGUAGAAAAAAAAUAGAGACUAGCAACUUCUCUCGUUUUUAAAAGAAUAUCGGUCUUUGAAUAACCGAACCAAGAUAGGAUCAUCCGGAUAAUCUAAAAGUCGCUGCCUCAAUAACUUAGUUCAUUAGCGCAGUUUUCUCAAAAUAAUAUCAAUAGUGCCCUUGUGAUCUCAUUAUUAAGAAAUCGUUUGCAUAUAGAAUAAUAUUCUAGGUGUCUACCGAUUAUUAGUAACAUGGCUCCUCUCCCUGAGGAGACUCUUGUUCCCCCAAAGGAGACCAACCUGGGGGUGGCGCAGGAAUUAUUUUAUCCCAAAAUUCACCCUUUGAGCCCUAAGAGAGAUCAGCAUCAAACAUCUCCUUGUAAUAUCAUUCCUUUAGAAAACAGAGUGGUCAUGAGAAUUGAGUACAUGAUCAGGGAAGAUGAGUAUAUCUGAUAUUUCAACAAAUUCUCCCCACUACUUCUAUUGAAAAAGUAUAAGGCCAGUAAAUGAGAAUCUCAAUUUUAGUCUUAGGGUUUAAAAGGUUAAAGGAGCCGUGCUCUGACACAGUGUGAUCUCAUUUAUCCAUUUCUUUGCGAAUAACACUAAGCGAUACCUUCAUGAAUAAAAAUGUUGCCUUUCCUUCCUAAACAUACUAAGUGAGACCAAAAUCUGCAAUAAUUCUUUCUCUAUGCAUGAUAGACGUCGAACAUCCUUGUCAUUUUCAUAACUAGAAAUACGUGCAUUGCAGAACCUCGUGAGGCCCGGGGGAGGAGGCUUUAAAAUGUUAGGGAUGGGAGGGGCGGAUAGCGGGAGAGAAAUAGAGUAAAUUGUGUAACUAGGGAGUGCGGGUUUCAAAACCGGCGCAUAAUCACAAUUGAAAAUAAUAUUAAGGCAAUCUUUUCUGAACAGCUAAAAAGAACUGUGCUGAGCUUUACAGAGCUGGGGAAAGAAUCAGCGGUGUUUAUACAAUCGACCCUGAUGGUCAAGGUGCCUUUGAUGUGUUCUGUGACCAAACAACAACCGGAGGGGGGUGGACAGUGUUCCAAAAGAGACUGGACGGCUCGGUUGAUUUCUAUCGCGGCUGGGCUGACUACAAGCGGGGGUUUGGUAACCUGAAUGGCGAGCUUUGGCUUGGAUUGGACAAGAUUCAGCGGCUGACCAAAUCAAAUAACAGGCUUCGAGUUGAUCUGGAAGACACUACAGGCAAAACGGCUUACGCUGAAUACGACAUGUUUGCUGUUACAAGCGAGAGGACUAAGUACCAGCUUAGUUUAGGAACUUAUUCAGGUGAACUAAUGACACAUUACCUCUAAAACGUUGCAUUCAAUGUUUUAUUAUUAUCGUUUAAUAUUCAUAAUAUAUCUCUAUGGGCUUUCCUUGACUUCGUCACGGUCCUUAGUUAUCUCUACAGCUUAAAUUCCCCAAAGUGACCUUUCUCUUACACUUCAAUACUACACAUUAUAUUCAGAUUUUUCUAUUUAAAAUUUCAAAGAUUCCUGGUAAAAUUCUCUUGUAUUAUUAAUUAUAGGAACCGCUGGCGACUCUUUUUCUGGGCAUCGUGGCCAUCCAUUUAGCACUAAAGACAAAGAUAAUGACAGCCAUACAUCUACCAACUGUGCUGUGUCCUAUAAAGGAGCCUGGUGGUACACAAACUGUCAUGAAUCAAAUCUGAAUGGUUUGUACCACCAUGGUUCACAUUCAUCUAGUGCUGAUGGUGUCAACUGGCAUGCAUGGAAAGGACAUAACUACUCUGCAAAGAGAGCUGAGAUGAAGAUCAGACCGGUGAACUUUUAGACCUGUGUUAGAGGGCCACGACGAUCACCAAUCCUAACAACCUGAUCAUAGACUUUGUUUCUGGUAGAACGCCACCAUAUAAUAUACCAACGUUUUAGAACUGUCUCAGAGCGCCAUAGCGAUCAUUUAUUUUAUUCAGUCACAUUGAUGUAAGUCACAGGAAGUACAUAAUUACAUGAUAAGGGUAAGAAGAGACAAAGUGCGUCUUACAACGCGUAUAACACUAUUUACAAUGCAAUAUGAUGGCCUGGCUGUAUAACUGACUAAAUUUCUUUAAUAGCAUCUUAAUUAGCAUCUGUGAUUAUGAUAGACUGUUAGACCAUGGUGCACCAACGUUGUAGAACGUUUGAUAAAGCCAAUUAUUGUUAGCAAUAAUUUUAAACGUUUCAUUUCUCUAGCUGUGUGCUUUAAAGGUAUGAGGAUUUCGACUAGGCGUGGCCAGCCUUACUUUAUUUGUUAGCAGGGUAGGGUGUAUGUAUAGAUAAAUAAAGUCUGCACGUGAUGGGACAUUUUAAUCUUGUGGUGUGUAAUAGAUUUGAAAGAAUUAGUAGUGAUGUCUCAUUACUGGCUACGGGCCGAUUAAAAAAGAAAAAUCUGAAUCGUGAAGUGUACUGUAUCGGGUCUUCUUGAAUGCUCCGUUUGUUUCCGGGGCCGAGGGGCUUACUCCUGAUUUGACCUAGGAUUACUCUUACUCUGGAAUUGUAUGCUUUAUGAAUUUCCCAGUAGAGGAAAUACAGUAAAUCGAAGCCACCAUUUACGCUAUUUUGUCACAGAUCUUCUGUUUAUAAUUGGGUAUAGGUUUUCGUUUGUACUUAAGAAGACUUGGUCACUCUAUAAAGGUCGUUCAUCUUAAUACACAUAGCAUGCGUAGCAAGCGUUUCCAAUCGAGUUAUUGCGCGAAAGUUAGAGUGGAAGCGAAAAACAAUCCUUCUUUCCCCUCCCCCUCCCCCGUCAUUCCUUUUUUUUUUUGCUCUCGUCCCGACGUUCUCGACGAACUCGCGCGGAAACGCUUGCUACGCAGGCUAUAAUACACAUGAAUAAAAAUCUGAGAAUAUUUUUAUUUAUUAUAUGGCUACAAUAGCACGUGACGUCAUUCUGUGCACUAUGAAACUGGCAGUGCUGGGCCUGAAAGUUUUGUUUUAUCAAUGCUACAAUUUUUGGCCACUUGCUCGAGCUUCCGCUAGCUACCCUGUAUGGGAGAGAAUUUUUAGGCACGGUUUCGGGUCCCCAGCUGCCCUCAGCUCUCUGCCUGAGACGUGUCGGCCUACACCCGGCCUCGAAGUAUCAUAGACCUUAGCUAACCAAAGGAUACACUGAAUUGUUAAAACGGCGAAGUAUCACACUACACGCAAUAAAAAACAAUUCAGUGCAAAGUAAAACAAUGUCUACUCAAAUGAACAGCCAAUCAGUGCUCAGCAUGCAGAUUAUAUAGAAACAGCCACUGUGAAGCUGCAUGGGGGUUAACUUGGCGAUAAUCAUGUCUACUUAUUUGGAGUUGAGUAUUAUGGUUCUGCUCGUAAAUCUGUUGCACAGUUUUAUAUAAAAAACUGGGGAUUCCAGAUAACCAAUUCGUUGAGGAGGAAUGUGAUACCAAGAGGCUUUAUGAGAUCAGAGCGCGCUUUAUCAGUGUCUAACGUAACAAUUAAACAGAACGCACAGCGUUCUAAAGUAGUGUCUAACGUAAAAAUCAAACAGAUUAUAUUUCUGCAUUUUAUAUCGGGCGGCAAGAAUUGACGAAAACCGAUAAAAAAAAAUACCUUAUCGUUUACCACAAAAUUGGCUUGGUGGACGCCUGUUUCACAAUACAGCUUUUUGAGUCACUUUGUACAGGCUUUUUACAGAAAGUGUCUAUAGCAGUCAAUCAUACGUGUGCAUUUACAAGUAGGCCUGAAAUGAAACAUCUGACGCAAGCGUUGUGCAAAUCGAAUACGCAAUAUUUCGGCUAACAAAAUUAGCCUUCCUCUGGGCCAGAGCUAUACCUUUGCCGUAGUGCCAGCCUUGCAUUCAGUUUUUUUCCUUUAAAGGUGGCCAUACUCCAACACAUUAUGACGAUAUUUCUUUUUCAUUAAGUUAUUUCUUAUUUCUUUGCGAACAACCCUAAGCGAUACCUUCUGGGGUAAAAAUAUUGGCUCUCCCUCUGAACAGCCUAUAAAGCGAGACCAAAAACUGAAAUAAUGCUUUUCCUAUGGUAGGUGAGGAACAUCCUUGUCAGUACAAACAGACAUCAACUGUCCUGAAAGGAAACAAGACUAACGAGAAAGGUAUGAAUUCCUUCCUGUGUAUGUGUCUAGACCCACUUAUCAAAUGCCGUUCAGUCAUUGAGAUGCAUUUUGUGUUAUCACGAUGAUCGUAAGACCUUUUUUUACGAAAAUACUCCUGGGAAUCGCAUAAUUACCACUUUACAACAGGCCCCAGUUGUUCAAAAGGUGGAUAGCGCUAUUCAGUGGAUAACACAAAUGAAUUCCCUAAUACUUAUCCACCGGAUACUUAGCGAUUUAUCCGGUGGAUAGCGCUAUCCAACAUUUGAACAACCGGGGCCAGAUGUCCUAACUCAAACCCCUACGUGAGGUUUUUGAGUUGUUUAUAGAAAGACUACAGCUUUGACGCGAAGCACUUCCUCCUGUGGUGUGGCUGAAGGAAGGAAUUCUUGAUCACGUUCCUACCUAGGGCUAACAAACUCGUUCAAGUAAUUCCCAUAUAAAAAGACAGCCUUGGUCCACUUUCUUUAAAACUUAGUAAAAGGUAGAAAAAACAGUGGCUAGUAGCAUCUCCUGUUUUUAAGUGAAUGUCGGUCCUUGAAAAACCCAACCAAGAUUAGGAUAAUCCGGAUAAAGCAAACGUAAGUCGCUGCUUCGAUAACUUGGUGCAUUAAAGUAGUUUUCUCAUAAAAAAAUACCAGUUGUGGCCACAUAAUCUCAUUGAGUAUUCGUUUGCAUGAUGCAGUUACAGACGAUGUAGUAUAAUCUACUAAAUGUCUACAAUUACUAGUAACAGGGAUCCUACCUCCAGGAGGGGAUUCCCCGGAUUCCCAUACCCCCAGAGGAGAGCAAUCUAAGCGUGUCUAAGGCUUUCUUGGACCCCUAAAGGAGACCAUACUCCAACACAGUACAGCGUCAUUUGUUUUCUAUUAAGACAUUUCUUUGCCAUUAACCCUAAACGAUACCUCCUUCGGCAAAAAUAUAAGUGACACCAAAAUCUGUAUUUUCCCUUCCUCAACAUUUUGGAUCAUUAUUCGUUUCUGGGAAACUGCCCACCUACCCCUUCCCUAAGCCAACAUUUUGUCUUUAGUGAGAAGUAAGCGUUUUAACACUUAAAAUUGAUCAUAAUCCCAAGGGCGCCCUCCCAGGCGCUAAAGUCCGUACUGCUACUCAAAACGAACUAUUAUUUCACUGUGGAUAAAUUAUUAUCAACCCAAAUAAGUUCAGUAAAUUAAUAUCAUCAUUACAAUUAUAGUAUCAUUAUAACCCAAACAAAUACACGCACGCCCAUUUAUAACAGCAAUUUUUAGGGAGCUAGUCGUAAGCCUGCAGGGGGGCGACAGGAAGAGGAAAUAGGCCUCCUAGCCUUCCAGUGGCUUCAAGCGGCUUCUGCGCAAGCCUAAGAUUGAAAAUAAUUUGAAGGAAAUCUUUUCUGAACAGCUAAAAAGAACUGUGCUGAGCGUUACAAAGCUGGCGAAAGAAUCAGCGGUGUUUACACAAUCGACCCUGAUGGUCAAGGUUCCUUUGAUGUGUUCUGUGACCAAACAACAACCGGAGGGGGGUGGACAGUGUUCCAAAAGAGACUGGACGGCUCGGUUGAUUUCUAUCGCGGCUGGGCUGACUACAAGCGGGGGUUUGGUAACCUGAAUGGCGAGUUUUGGCUUGGAUUGGACAAGAUUCAGCGGCUGACCAAAUCAAAUAACAGGCUUCGAGUUGAUCUGGAGGACACUACUGGCAAAACGGCUUACGCUGAAUACGACAUGUUUGCUGUUAGAAGCGAGAGGACUAAGUACCAGCUUAGUCUAGGAAGUUACUCAGGUAAACUACAGACAUAGAGCGUGAAAAGUUGCAUGUAAUGUUGCAUUUUCAUUCACCUCUUAUUCAUUAAUCAUUGUCUUUUUGUGAAGGACUUCCCUCAGUACCUUUUUUAUUGUCCUUAAUUAUAUUAAUAACCUUGGAAACUUAAUAACUUUAUGGAGAUCCAAAAGGAACUUCUCAACUAUUCCCAAAUUAGCCACUCUCAUUCACUUAAAUACUUUAUAUUACAUUCAGAUAUUCUUGAAUAUACUUUUCCUAGGAACUGCAGGUGACUCUUUAUCUUACCAUCGUAGCCAGUCAUUUUCCACUAAAGAUAAUGGUAGCGGAUCACCCCGUAACUGUGCCUUGACCUUCAAAGGAGCUUGGUGGUACCAUGGAUGUCACUACUCCAAUCUGAAUGGUUUGUAUCACCAUGGUUCACAUUCAUCGUAUGCUGAUGGUGUCAACUGGAGAACAUGGAAAGGAUAUUACUACUCUGCCAAGAGAGCUGAGAUGAAAAUCAGACCAGUGAACUUUUAG